CGCACGCACGGGCAUGCAGCUGGCGGCUUCAGGAACAUUCUGCGAAGUGCUUAGAGCAGCCUUGUUAAAGAUCCAACUAUUAACCUAGUUCCUCGCACAUCACUUUCUCUCACAUCAACACAGUUCGAGCCAGUCACGCGCAAUCUGCAUUCUUGCCAGGAACCUCGAACCUAUCAUCAUCAUCGACCCGAGAAAAUCUCUUCACUUGUGUGUCUGAGCCUGACUUUCGUCCACUUCCCUGCCUCGAUAAACUAGUGAAGGCGUCUAUCUGGUUGCGCCAUGGUUCUGCACAAUCCGAACAAUUGGCACUGGGUGAAUAAGGAUGUUUCGGGGUGGGCAAAAGACUUCCUCGCGGAGUCGAUGGUGGGCGUCUCGGCAGAGGAAGGUGAUGUAUCGGCAAAGAUUGACGGCAUAAUGAGCAUGGAUGGCGACGUCGACGUGAGCCAGCGGAAAGGCAAAGUCAUUACGCUCUUCGACAUCAGGUUGCAGCUCGAGUGGUCGGGCAAAGCCGGCGAAGAGACCACGGCUAGUGGCACAAUCACAAUUCCUGAAGUUGCACACGAUACAGAAGCAGACGAGUAUGUUUUUGACAUAAGCUUGUACUCCGAGUCUUCUGAGAAAGAACCGAUCAAGAAUCUCGUGCGAUCGAAGAUCGUUCCGCAGUUGCGAACAAAGCUUCAGAAGCUUGCCCCAGCUUUGAUUGCAGAGCAUGGCAAGGACAUUCAGCACGCACCUGGCUCUAACCCAUCUAGCGGCUUCUCGACUCCCAAAUAUAUAUCCAGUAGUCACAUCAGUAAGGAUUCGUCCAAGCCUAGCACAACCACAACCACCACAUCUUCAGGAGGUAAAGGCCCGUCGGUCAACGUGACUACUGUCAACGAUGAAGCGGAAUUCAGGACGACCGCGGAACAGUUGUACAAAACAUUUACAGACCCGGAUCGCAUAGCCGCAUUCACACGUAGCAAGCCGAACCUGUUUGAAGGCGCCAAGAAGGGUGGCAAGUUCGAGCUUUUUGGUGGCAAUAUUACAGGUGAAUACGUAGAGCUAGAGGAGCCGACGAAGGUCGUGCAAAAAUGGCGACUGGCUCAAUGGCCGCAGGGCCAUUAUGCAACCCUUAAAAUCCGCUUUGAGCAAAACGAUGUAGAUGCCGUGACUACGAUGCGUGUGGACAUCGAGGGCGUGCCUGUGGGUCAAGAAGAGGUUACGAAGCGGAAUUGGGGCGAGUACUACGUUAGGUCUAUUAAGACCACAUUUGGUUUCGGCACCGUACUAUGAGACCGAAAUAAUUACAGUAGUAGCACUUUAAGAAAUGAAUCCAAAGAGACGAUCAGCGAUAA